AUGGUAACUAUAGACGGCUGGACUUCUGGUGUCGGUAACAGCUCGCGCGGCAUCUCUGGCGGCCAGGCGCCGAACUGGGACUCCCCGGACUGGGCCACCGACCGGGGCAAGGCGGAUGGCACCUCCAACCAGCACGAGUCAGACUUCGACGAAUUCAGCAGUCACGGUGACCAAUCACCGCCGACGCAGCUCCCGCUGACGUCAUCACCGCCGCCAGCUGACUCGUCCAGCGAGCAGCUGACGGCGUCUCCCUCGCCUGUGGAGCCGGCGCCGUCCAUCGGGCGCUGCAAGGUGCUCUACGACUACAAGGCCAACAUGAACGACGAGCUCACCAUCAAGGCCGGUGACGUCAUCAACAUGCACGACAAGCAGGAGGACGGCUGGUGGCUGGGUGAGUUGAACGGCACCGUCGGCAUCUUCCCCGCCACCUACGUCCAGGAGCUGACCUGACCGCGUGACACCGCGCAGCGUCCGGCGGCGGCAGCCGGCGACGUCACGUGACUGCGGGUCACCUCGCGAGAUGUCGCCACCGUGUGGUUCCACUGAGACUUGAGCGGGCUCGAUCAGUGGUGUUUGUGAUCACGGCGCUGCGCGCGGCUGAUAGUCUGGCUGGGAGCCCACACGACUUGUGUCGACCUUGCCUGGAGUGGCUGCUGAUACCACGAGAGCUCGCCGAUGUAGUUAGUAUGUCUGCAUUGCCGUUCUUUGUAAAGUGUUGACAAUGAAGCUCGCUGAAGCUAUGUUUGUACCAUUUUGAAGCAGAUGACUAACAAGCAGUGCUGUUGGUCUCCUGCUGGGGAGUUAUUGUGAUGAUAUAACAGAUUACUUGCCUGAAAUGUAUCUGGGUAAUAUACGACUGCAUGAACUGCA